AUCGCGACUCUGUGCUGGGCCCUGCCGCCUCCGUGAGCCAGCCGCUGCCACCGGACCAGACGUCGGCAGACCGGUGACGCACGUGCCGAAAAACAAGAUUAUCCUUAUCGAUCGAAAACAAGAAAGCAAAGCAACCUCCUCGCCCUCCGCCCGAUUGUCUCAAUGGGCGCAACUCUGGCGACUGACGAGCGCAGCGCCGAUGUCUGAUAUAUCGUAGCGUGCGUCGACAGGCUGCCAGAACCACCCGAGGGAGUCGUCGAGCGCGUUGCCUUCUGCGUGCGGUUGCAGUGCUGUUCGAUGUGACUGAAUUCCAAGUUCCUGCUGUUACUCUGCUGCGCCCGCUGUGCUCCGUAAGGCGUUGUCGUAUUCGUCGCUACGUUUAGGUGAAUCCCUCGACGUGAAUUCAAGGAUCCUAGUCCAUCCAGGCCUUUAGACAUCUCAGUCAGCGCUUGCAACGAUACUGCGCCGUCAGACUUCCUCGGAUCCCCAGAGUAUUUUCCAUAGCGAAACGGACACGUUCCUAGACAGCGGAUGUAUCCCUUUGGCCGUGUGAUCAAGUUCUCCCAGAGAGAUUCGAUAUCGAAGAGGUUUGAGUCAACUGUAGCACAGUGAAGCAAAAGUAACCAAACUGCGGCCUUUCGUUAAGUUUGUCGGACGGUGAAAUCUCAUGCCGAUUCAUUUCUCAACAGUGACCUCGAUCCCUUGAAUAGUUAUCGUUUCUUUAUCGAACCCGUCGGUGCUUCCUCAGGCAGGAGCGAACCACAGUGGGGACAUCCAUACUACCCGGACGAAAUAGCAUGCGAACAUAGUUAAAGUGAGUUUUUCUUAUUGUAUCCAUAGGCGCCGAUAGCAGCGCUUUCGGCGAGCAAGCGAGACUCGUUGCAGCGGAAGUGCAAGGCAUAAAGGCAGUUGCUUCGCACGAAGCGAAGCACCUCGGUUCAAGACGGUUCGUUCGCUCUCGAAACCGACGUCAUUAGGAACCGCCAUUACGGGGGACCAGAGUGAAGACGAUUACAACAACGCCGACACAGGACAAGAGCCGCAGAGGGCCCCUCGCGACACUGGCGAGAACAGGGAGAGAAGUCGCAAGCGAGAAACAGGGGGGUAAUCGCGACCAGAAGGACUCGACAUUUGAGUCUCACUGAAUCUCACAACUACUGACGGCUUGCGAAUCAGGCCUUGUCGAGAGUUGACUCGCCUAGAAGCUCUGGACCUCCGGAAGGAACGCUCCAGGGACGAGGAUUCUGACGUGCAUUCGGUGCUUAGCGUUGCCCAGCGAAGGCCCGCGACUGUACGCAGCUGUACCUUCAGGCCCCAUAUUCAAGGAACUCCGAGUAACAGCACAGGCAUAUCUAGCUCGCACCCAUAGUUUUCACUUGACGUUAUCUUCUUUCAAGCAAUUUCGUGCAUCGUCUCCGUCACAGCUGACAUUGUUAUCGCACAUCUUUGUCCGAUUUGGUAAGAAAUAUUUUACAUUCGAUCGUCAUCUUGGCCGCGGAGAAUCGUCCUCGUUGUAUCGUUUGAGGCUAUAACCACUAAGUUCACCUAUAGGACAGGACACUGAUCGAGCUUUCUAAGGGCGGUCAGUUGCAAAGUGCGAGCCCUGCUUCUGUUAGAACUAACCAGAAAGGUAGGGGCCAAGGCUAUUUUUAAGUUUGUGGGCCCAUUCAAUACCAGACCUUGAAAGCGAGCGUUAAGAAAGGACGUCAAGUGGGUGCGGAAUAGUGUGCAAAGAAAGGCCACUGACUGCCGUCGAACAUGGAGAAAAGGCCCAUCCUCCCUCGAAGCGGCAACUCAAUUCUGCCCUGCCGCUGGGUGCUCACGGCGUUCCUGUUCAGUGGCCUGCUGCUCGCCUACGCGUUGCGCUUCUCCUUGAGCGUCGCGCUGGUCGCCAUGGUCAACCAGACGGCGAACGCUCACGACCUGGGCCCGGUGUUCGCCGUCCAGCCCACCCCCGCCGUCGUCGCUGUCGCAGCGCAGGAGCCUGUCGGGGCACACACUAACGACACCACCGCUGCCACCGACGUCACCGUCGUCGCCGCCACAGCAGCGCCUCAGUACGGUCGAGUCACCGGCUUCGGCCAGUGUCCCUCACCUAUCCAGCACCAAGACGUCCACAAGAGGGCCGGUGAAGGCGAGUUCCCGUGGAGCCCGUGGACGCAGGGCGUUGUGCUGGGCGCCUUCUUCUACGGCUACGCGGCCACCCAGAUGCCCGGCGGGUGGCUGGCCGGACGCGCAGGGGGAAAGUGGCCCUUCGGACUCGGACUGCUGGGCACAGCCCUGGGCUCCCUCGUCACACCCGCCGCCGCACGCGCCUACUCGUCCUCCUCUCGCGACACCGGGGCGGCAGCCCUGGUCGCCGUGCGGGUGCUCGAGGGACUCGGCGAGGGCGUCACGUACCCGGCCAUGUUCAGCAUGGUGGCCGAGUGGGCACCUCCGCACGAGCGUGGAUCUCUGCUCGCCGUGGCAUACGUGGGCGCCAAUGUGGGUGCCAUCCUGGCCAUGCCCAUGACGGCCAUGCUGUGCGACACCAUUGGUUGGGAGGCCGCAUUUUACGUGUUCGGGCUGGUGGGAUGCGCCUAUUUCGGGCUGUACUCGUGGAGAGUGCGCAGCACGCCUGAGGAAGACCCGUGGAUCAGCGACGCAGAGUACGACUACAUCGCCCUCGGACGGACAGCCAGGCCACUGCCGCCACUGCAGGCCAAGGCUAUGGAAGCUGGCAGCGCGGACCUACUGAACGCCAAGGACGGAGCGAAAUGCGACACACCGUGGUUCCAACUGCUGACCUCUGUGCCUCUGUGGGCGCUUACGGCGUCCCGGUUCGCCUGCCUCUGGGGACAGUUCACCGUGCUCACGAGCCUGCCCACCUACCUGUCCGCCGUACUACGCAUGCCACUGGCCAAGAGCGGCCUGAUCAACGCGGCCAUGUUCGGGGCACAAAGUGUGGGCAUGCUGGCAGGGGGCCUGCUAAGCGACCGCCUGCGGAGGAAAGGGCGCCUCUCCACCACGCUUAUUAGAAAACUCUUCCAGACUGCAGCCCUGACUGGUUCGGGUCUUCUGCUGGCGCUGGUGCCGUGGGCUGGGUGCAACCAUGCGCCGGUCGCCUGCCUCCUGGUGCUGGCCAUGGGAGUCUACGGAUUGGCCGCAGGCGGAGCCACGCCUGCACUCGUAGACAUGGCGCCCGCACACGCCGGUAUCUUGUACGGCAUCGCGGGCACCGUAUCCAACGUGUCAGGCUUUCUAGCUCCCAUGGUCGUUGGCGUGGUCACUUCACCAAUGCCCACUCUGGACAACUGGGCCAUGGUGUUCUACCUGACGUGCGGCAUCUUCCUGCUGGGCGCGCUGGCCUUUCUGGUCUUCGGUUCGGCAGAGCUGCAGCCCUGGGCGCAGCCUUCGCCGCCCCCGGAGGCCGUCGCGACACACGCCGAGCACCAGCACGCCGACGGCGCACACCGCUUCGACCUCACCACCAGCUUCGCCGAGAGCUUCCACAUGUUCUAAGAGAACGUCACUGGCGCUGACGCGAGCGGGCCAGUUGCAUAGUUGCGCCAGGGCAAGCACCUCGCUAUGCAGGCGACGGCGCUGCCCUCCGUUCACAACAGACGGCUAUCGCGUUGCGACAUCUGACCACCGCAGAAGUGGAUAGGCACCACCGGCGCCAAGAGCACUGCCAACACAUUUUCCAUUUAAGCACCUCAACAACCUUACAAUUUUCUCGAUGUCGUCGGAGACUCGCGGUUUCAUUAUCGUCAAAGGCACACUACCGGUCGAUACCAACUUCUUCUCGUUCUUUUUAGAAUGACGCUUCAGCCGGAAUAUUCGGUGAACGGUGAAGUGACCGCAGCGUUACAGUCAAAAUAUUCUUCAAGCUAGUUUCGAUACUUUUAGUUCUUCGCGUAAUAUUAGCAGUCGUAUGAUCACUGAUUUAGCAUGUGAUGAGAAAGUACUGCUGCUGUUAUCCACUGUGCCGUGAUGAAGAUGAUAGAUCAACUUCUGUUGAUAGCUGUGACGGAUGCACGUUCUGUUUGGCACUCGACAUUACCGUAAGCCACCACAAUUGCUGGCAUCUGGGAUCACUAAAGUACUGGUGCAAAUUGUACGAUUCGCACGCAGGCAUCCAGGAGGAAAUCCAAUGGCAACUUGAAAGUGCCGCUUGCUGUGUGCCGUGCUCCGUACCCGACGGACCCAGCAUGUGAAGAAAUCCGUGUUGCAUUAGGAGCGGUCAUACGAGAGGGCAUGAAACAUGUCCUGGAGGACGUACCUACGUGGUUAUUAUUCGUGUCUUGUAGAAGUCUUCCAGGCUAGUGAUGACGCGAAAAGCAUCAGUCAAUGAGCGUGCGCAGGAAGACCGUGAACACCGGAAGACAAAGCACAUGACAGUUUCGCACGCCCCGCGGGCGCAGCGCACGCAGAAGUUCGACUUCGACGUCCGUCGCUUGCUCGACGACGACCUUCUCGCUGCGUUGACGUUAACUGCUCGUUUCUUCCACCGACUUGUCCUUUCGUCUAACUUUAAAAACACUAGGGGAAGCUCUCGCGCAAAAUUCGACUUGAGUCCAACCAAGGUCUUUCAUCGGCCACAGUUGCGUUCGAAUGCCAAGAUAGACUGGAGCUUUCCUCCGUAUUUUAGCACCACUGUGGAGAUCAGCUCGCGGUCGUCAAAGCUGCUCGUUGUCACCCCCCCCCCCCCCCCACCGAUGCGUUUGUCACCUCUGACAUGUCCGAACCAAUCGCCUCAUCUACUCACUCACUAUCAUCAUACCGCGCAUGCUAUAAUCGCCUUGGUGGUUAACUGACCGCCAUGUGUUGACUUUAUUUAUGCUGACAUUGGAAUCUCCUCAUUUAGCUUAUUCCUUGUGCUUGUGGCGUCAGAGCCCGCUAAGCGGGGUGUCACACUCGAGCAGGGAACGUGAAUCACACCAAAGUGUCGUAUUAAAACAAGUCUGGCAAUGUUGCAAGAAAUAUUUUCGAUCUAUCUCGCCUGCUGGAGCGGAUAACGUUGCUGAAGCCUCUUGUGCCGCGCUUAUUCCGUCAUUGAUCACUUUCGCACGCGAGCAUCAUGUCUCAUACCCUCAAAUGUCACUUGUUCUCAUCUGUAUUGUGCAGGCCUCUGCGCACUUUUCCUUCAUGUAGCAAUUAUUCCAACUGACUUAGUUCUUCCCACUCCAGGGGCUUAAGUAAUCUGUAUUUCUUGUUCGUUUGCUUGUUUGUAGCUCAUCUAAGCCGAACGCCAACAAUGUGUGUAUGUGCAAUAAAACGUUCAUUCAAAUGCUA